GGGAAGGGCUGUGCGGAGGGGCGGACACCGCGGCGGCGGAGGCGAGGCCCGGCCCGGCCGUGCCUUGGGCCGCCCCGCCUGAGGCGCUGCUCGGGCCGGGACUGGGGCGCUGGCCCUGGCUGCGCAGGCCUGGCUGUCCCGCGGCCCCGAGCGCGCUUGAGAACGGGGCCCGCCCUGCCGGGACAGCGCCUGCCGGGCACCGGGCGUUGCUCUCUUUGGAAGCUCGCAGGAAGCGCUGUCAUUUCCGAGGCUGCUCACCUGGGACUGGCACUGAAGCGGCACCGAAGGGUGGCGGCAGCACCAAAACAGUGACCCUGUGCUGUACAGGGCCGGCUCCGAGCCUUGCCCUGGCUCCCGCUUUGUGCCUGAACUCAUUACGUGCAAGUUAAAAGCCAGUGUGCAAAUGUGUAAAUACAGGAAACAGUCGGACUUGGCUGUUCGGAGUUCCAGGAUGAAACAAACAAGCGCCGAUGUGAAAGAAGUCAGCCAAUGUCCCCGGGAGCUCAAACAUGGCUGCUGGCAGCAACCGCCGGCUUCAGCAAACCCAGCACCAAGUAGAUGAGGUUGUGGACAUCAUGAGGGUGAAUGUGGACAAGGUUCUGGAGCGGGAUCAGAAGCUGUCAGAGCUGGAUGACCGAGCUGAUGCCCUGCAAGCAGGGGCCUCCCAGUUUGAGACCAGCGCGGCCAAGCUGAAGAGGAAGUACUGGUGGAAGAACUGCAAGAUGUGGGCAAUAUUGAUAGGUGUUGUUGUCAUUAUCAUCAUCAUCAUUAUUGUCUGGAGUGUGUAUUCAUGAAUUACAAGAAGAAACUCAAUUCAACUGAAGGUGCCUUUGGGAAUCUACUUCAGCCUCUCCACUUCAAACCUGCUGCCUUCUCAGCCCGUUUACUGCUGUUUAAAGCAAACCUAUUUUGAUUACCGAGAUGUUAACUAACUUUACUGGUGGCCUUAA